AUGAAAGUGAAGCCUGAUUUAUUGGCCGCACGACGAUGGAUCUACCCACUCAAUCAUCCGAAGCGGGACUACCAGUUUAACAUCGUCAGGCACUGUCUGUUCGAGAAUACUUUGGUCGCGCUUCCGACUGGGCUUGGCAAGACUUUCAUAGCAGGAACGGUCAUGCUUAAUUUUUAUAAUUGGUUCCCGGAAGGCAAGGUAGUAUUUCUUGCACCUACGAAACCGCUGGUGGCGCAGCAAAUCGAAGCUUGCCACCAGACAUGCGGGAUUCCCGGGAGUCAUGCGGCCGAACUUACUGGCGGCGUCCCCAAGGCGAAACGAGCCAGAUUAUGGGACGAGAAAAGGGUGUUCUAUAUGACGCCGCAAACACUUCAGAGCGACUUCAUGUCUAAUAACUUCGAUCCGGCAGAAAUUGUUCUUGUCGUCUUCGACGAGGCACAUAGAGGAACUGGAGAUUACUCCUAUGCGCAACUCGUUCGCUUCCUGAUGGCGAAGAACCCUCAUGUCCGCAUACUCGCGCUCACGGCAACGCCGGGCAGCGACCCAGAAGCUGUUCAGUCCAUUGUCGACUGCCUUCACAUCAGCCACAUAGAAAUACGGGACGAGAAGAGCUUGGACUUAUUUCCUUAUUUGAACGACAAACGAAUGGAACAGCAUACGAUCUCGAUGGACGAAGAUAUCAAGAAAGUGAGGGAUCUUUUGGGCAAGAUCAUGCUGCCGUUGAUUAAAGCAGUCCAAGGUGCCGGUGCAAUGAGGGGAAAUGCAGAUCCUAUAAUGCUGCACUCAUACCGGUGUCAACAGUCAAUGAAGGAGUUACGUGGAGCGCCACCUUUCGCCUUUGCGGCUGCACGGAAGUUAGUUACCCUGGCUCGAGCAAUGGGCUACCUGCUGGAGGCUAGUAUGGGCAUGUGCUAUGGUGCUGUCCAAGACCUCGUAUCAAGCAGCAAUGACAAAGCGAACAAUGCCGUGCGAGGAUUGGCGAAAGACCAGAACUUCCAAGCACUCGUCAAAGAACUCGAGGCGCAGAAGAGCCGAGGGUUUUCCCUCCAUCCAAAGAUGGACAAGCUGCGUACGUUGCUAGUGCAGCACUUUGCGGGCACCAUGAUCGACAGGGAGGACACUAAGAAAUCUAUUGGGGAGGCCGGUGAUCCCCGAGUCAUAGUUUUUGUCUCGUUCAGGGAAUGUGUUGACGAAGUCGUGGAGUUGCUCAGCAAGGAGAACCCCUUAAUACGGGCCACUCCCUUUAUUGGCCAAGGAACUGACAAACAAGGACGGAAAGGUCUCGCUCAGAAAGAACAACUAGAGGUGAUCAAGAAGUUCAAAGCGGGCGAAUUCAAUGUCUUGGUUUCUACAUCCAUCGGUGAGGAAGGAUUGGAUAUUGGUGAAGUUGACAUGAUCGUCUGCUAUGAUGCGCAGAAAAGCCCCAUCCGGAUGCUGCAACGCAUUGGCCGGACAGGUCGCAAGCGAGAUGGUCUCGUUCACGUCUUGCUAGCCGAGGGACGAGAGGAGAAGAAUUGGAUGCAGGCCGAGGAGAAGUACAAGGACGUGCAAAAUUUCAUCGUGAACGCCGAGCAGCUGGAGUUAUACGGAGAUGUCGAACGCCUCCUUCCCGACCACAUGCAUCCCGAAUGUGUCGAGAUGCAUAUGGAGAUUGAGGAGCAUGUUCGUGAAGACCCUCAUUCUCGGAAGGGUUCGCUUGCGCAAGGCGAUUCGCCCCCAGCCAAAGGCACGAAGCGGAAGCGAGACGACAAUCCCAUGCGCAAUAUUCCGCCCGGUGCGCUCACCGGUUUCGCCAUCGUCAAGGACCUGCUCGUGAAGCGUGGCGCUUCGAAGAAAAAGAGGAAGGUACAGGAGUUCGACAUCACUGCAGGCCACGACGACUCGGAUGAUCUGGAGAUCGAAGCCGGGCUGCACGGGCCUCGGAGAACGGCAUCUGCAUCCGCGGUUGAACGGCCCCUUAAGACCAAGAAGUUGAAGAGGGCCAAAACUGUUGCCUCCGGAGAAGGCGCGAAGAAGUCUGCCAAGACUUCAAAGAAGAAGAGCAAGCCGGUGGAAGAUCCCACGGGAACCCAGUUUGACCGGCUGGUGAUGGAAGAUUCGGACGACAUAGAGAUUGAAAAAGGUCUCCAAUUAUCAGAGAAGCCACGGUCUGCUCGGACACGAACCACUGACUAUACGCAUUCUCUUCCAGAAGAUGUCGUCCAGAGUACUCCGUUCCCGAUGUCCAGAGCAUCUUCAUCGCUCGUCACGAACCACAUCAUCGAUCUGACUACCCCUGAGCCAUAUUCACGACGCGAUGACAGUUCCCGCUCCCCUGCUCCACGUUCACCUUCACCGCGCUCUCGGUCUCGGAGCUCCAACUCUAUCUUUGAGGAUCGUCCGCCGUUCGCCGACAGAUCUUCUGAUCCACCAGGAGGCUCACCUCCCGUAGCAUCUCGCAGUGUCUCACUCGACCAGAACUGUGGAGGCGCAGACAUGUCAUGGUUACUGGAGGAUGACGAGGACCUAGACGUCCACAUUGUCCACUCUUCUCCACCCGGCCCUCGACGCUCUCCAUCGAGUGUUGCUACCGAUGACGAGGUGGAGUUCGUCGAAGGUGCAUCUGCCUCGCCUGUUCAGUCUCCCGAAGUUUCCGGUCGUAUUUCUUCCAAGUAUGGAGGGGGGUUCACGAACGCACAACGUGUAAUGAAUAACAUGCCCCCACCUGCGCUACCUUCUCGCUCCUUCCAUCUAACCCCACCUUCCUCCGACGAUGCUCCGGAGCCGUCAUUUGCCGUGCGUCCAGCUGGUAAGCAGGCCAAGAAACGUGCUGUGUCUGAUCUGCGGGAUUCGUCGCCGCUGCAGAUGCCUCCCCCUUCUCAGCGGCGUUUGCAACGUCAGCGGAACUCGUCUUCUCCCCUGCCAAAUCCUGAGCCACCGAAGAGGCCAAAGAAACGGAAGUUCAAGGACAUUGCAGAGGCUCAGAAGCUCAAUCCUUGGAUUGAUGUCGAAGCGACCCAUUCCGGCGAUGAAAACAGCCAGGGGUCCUCGGACGUCGACCAACUUGGAAACGAAUCCGACAGACAGUUUCUGCAGGAGCCACCGGAAACACAGGUAUCCCGUUCCUACGACCAAGCGGCAGUGUACCGCCGAAGUCUCUUUACACAAGCACCGGGAACAGCACCUGUCUUCGCCCACCGCCCCCUAAGGCGCGGCUUAGGCGCGUUCGUCCCAGCUGGAAGAGCUCGAACCGCUGCUUCAAGUCCACCUCGUAAUGCAGAUGGCGACGAGUAUAUCUUCGGCAGUUUUGUAGUAGAUGAUGAUGCUGAAAUAGCCUACAUGGACUCCAGUGAAGCUUAG